GACAUUGGGAGUUGCAAUAUGGCGAUUGGAAUGUAGUUAAUGCGUGGAAGGAAAGCACAGUGUGUGUACGACGUACAGUGUAGUUCAGUGGUGAACGUGACGUCAUGUAAACACAUUUCACUUUGUUUUUGGACUGAUUGACCGACCCUGCACUGAAAAAUCAAGAUGUCUGAGAAAAAUAACUGUACCAAUGGGAGAGCCAAACGACCAUUUCUGAUAGGAGUUGCUGGAGGUACUGCUUCUGGAAAAUCAUCAGUAUGUGAGCGUAUCGUAGAAGCCCUUGGACAGCAGAAGCUGGACAGCAGGCAACGCAAGGUAACGGUCAUCAGUAUGGACAGUUUCUACAAGGAUGUUAUCACAAGCAAUGCUGCUCCGGGUUCCUACAACUUUGACCAUCCAGAUGCUGUGGAUGAAAAGAUGAUGAAAAAUACUUUAUCAGAACUCCGAGCCGGUCAGCCCGUCGGAGUGCCUGUUUACGACAAAGUCAAAAAUUCAAGAACGGCUAUCAACCAGAUAUAUCCAACAGACGUAGUUCUUAUCGAGGGUAUCCUGGUUUUCUACUUCAAAGAGAUCUUAGAUAUGUUUGACAUGAAACUCUUUGUCGACACAGAUGCAGAUACGAGGUUGUCAAGAAGAGUCAUGCGAGAUGUGAAGGAAAGGGGCAGGGACCUUGACAAGGUGCUUGUGCAAUACGUCAAAUUUGUGAAACCUGCCUUCGAAGAGUUUUGUCUUCCAACCAAGAAAUAUGCCGAUGUAAUCAUUCCCAGAGGUGCCGAAAAUACAGUUGCCAUCAAUUUGAUCGUCCAUCACAUUCGAGACAUUCUCAAUGGAGGCAUCAAAACAGAAUACCAGAAUGGCAAAGCCAAGCUCAUUGAUGGCCUUUCGACCCCCAUGCACAAUGCUACGCUGAUACCAGCUGUUCCGGUUGGAAGGAAAGUGUCAGAAUCAGGAGGACGCCCUCACUAGUCCAAAGGCACCAAUCCCAUGCAUACUUCACUGAUACGUGUGCAUGAUUAUCAUCAGGGACAUUUCUUAUCCAUAGAAAUGAGGCAGUUUUGAGAAAGAUAUAUCAAGCGAUGAAUUUCACGGUAGUCGAGAAUCUUUGAUGUUACCCAUAAUGCCAGGUUGUCGCUGAAGAGGUGCCAUCAUUUCUUAUACAUGAAUAUUUGUGUGUGAGUGUGUGUGUUUGAUAUGAAUGCAUGUGAAUUGUUAAAGAUUGGCAGAAAAGUCAAAGAAAUGCAUGAUUGAUUUUGUGACGGCUGGUUAUGUGUGUGUGCAUUAUUUCAUUUGCCAAUCUAAAAAGGAGAUUAAUUUUCUACUGGUGUAUUGUAACAAGCAGGGGAAAGUAGUUUUUCACUCACGUUUCCCUUGGAGAGUUCAGAACUCCUCUUCUUUUUGGCCUCUGUUAUUCAUAGUCAGUAUGAGAAUUCAGGGCCAUUUGAUGAGGUUUCGCAGGCUGAAUUUUACAGCAGUUAAAAGUUCUCAUGUUGUUCAUGGGAUACAUGUUCCUUUUGAAUUAUCAUAUUGUAAAAAAAAAAUAGAGAAAGAUAGAGGGGAGAGAAUUUUAUUGAAACAGACGGUGCUCGUAUAUGUCAAUUAAAUGUAUUCACUGUGUCUCACUCACACAGCAUUCUAAUUUCCUUACCUCGAUUUGAUAGAAAUCUUUGGUUUUAAAGGAAACAGAUUGUUUGGCUUUUUUAUGAAUAUAAUUUUUUGCUUGUACGUCGUUGUUAAAUGUGUUUCGUUGCAAUCAUAGCUGGUUGGUUUAAUGAUGUUGGAUGUUGCCUACUAUAUCAUCAUGCCACGUAUCAUCCCUUGUGAAUAAUUGAACAAUGUGUACAUACAUUGUAAAACAAUAUUCAAAAGACGAUGGUGGGUCACAGUUGUACGCUCAUAGGUGUUCACCACACUGAAUGAAUGGAGAAGGCACGACUGGUAGAGUCCCUUUAAGGGGAAAAAAAGAAAAGCAGUAUUUGUACGCAGGUGAUUUGUGGGAAUUGUAUUCAAAGGAAACCAAUUUUUUUAGUCUUUAAUGCUUUUCUCACAAGCUACAUUUUUCUUAACCCUAAUCUAUAGGCUGGGCUAAGUGACAAGUUGGCCCCACCUAUAGUACAGGGUGAAACUUAGCUCACUUUCUUUUCUCACAGCAUUUUAAUAUGCAAAGUGGGUUAACCCCCACCUAUGGUACUUGAUUAUUUGGCCCUGUGAAAUUGCAGGUUUAGCAGUUGCAGUGUUGAGCAUGAAAGUCUGGGGUGAAGACUCGCUAGUGGGAAUAAAAACCCAGCCAAGCCACAGACGGUGCUCAAUGUGUGCCCUUGGAGGCAACGGAGCCAGUGCUAUUGUCCAUUAGAGAGUAGCACUCGUGAAUGGCUACCUCUAGUCCGGGAUUACUGAAUUUUUUGGGAGAAAAGCAAGCAUUUUCUCAUCUUGGGUUGGGCAGAAAAUUUGACCUGUGAGAAAAGGAAGUACGGGGUUAAGAAAACGUGAGAAAAGUCUCUUAAUUGACAGGUGGUUGCUGAAACAAAGUAUAUUGAAUAUUUUGC